UUUACUUGUCCAAGCUGCUUGCUGGACUCCUGCACUAGUCCUUAAAGACAAUCUGGAACUUCUAGAGGGCCUUGAGCCGUGUAUAUGAGGCGAGAUAAGCCAUGUCUCUUUCCCAAGUGCCUCUUCUCUGUCCAAAGAAGAGCCAGGGGUAAGCUGAGGAGGUGAGAUAAGUGUGCUUCAAUCAUACAUCUUUGCACUUGGUCAGCAGAAGUCCUUCCUCUGUCUGAGAUGGCAAAACUAGAGAGGUGAGCCUUACCCCUAGUAAGGGCUAAGCUAUGCUGAGAAGCAGAUGUCAGUGGGGGUAAUGGAGGUAUAUGCAGAAGCUUCCUAUGGUGAGGCUUGGAGGAAAGCAAACGUACAGGACUACAACUCCUUCACUAAUGACUGUUCAUUUGGCGCUAUAGGCCUGAGUUUCAGGGUCAGAUCUAAUUGUCCAAACAUGUUUCUGCAGGGAAGGAUUUUCCUGGCAAUUUUCAGUUAGGAUAGAUGCUGUUUUCCCAUGGUCUGCACAAACUCCUUUUUGGGGCUGGAUUUGUUUCACUACCGGUAGCAUCUGCAGGACCAGCGGGGGCAUGCAAACUCACACACAAACAUCCUGUUUUGCAGAUGGACCUCAACACCUGGGGGCACACAGCGAAUGGGACAAUCGUGGAAGAAUUUAUCCUUCUCGGCUUCCCAGGCACGUGGCGUUCCCGGCUCUCCUUUGCGAUCGUGUUCGCACUGAUGUACUCCCUGACAGUAACAGGCAACGCGUCCAUCAUAGCCCUCGUGUGGAUGAACAGGAAUCUCCAUACCCCAAUGUACUUCUUCCUCUGCAAUCUCUCCUUUCUGGAGAUCUGGUACACUACGGGUGUUGUUCCCAAAGCCAUUGGAGUCAUGCUGGGGACUAGCCAGACCAUCUCCUUCAGUGUCUGCAUCUUCCAGUUGUUCUUUCUUCUCUCCCUAGGCUCCAGUUUUCUCUUGUCUGUCAUGGCCUAUGACCGCUACUUAGCCAUAUGCUACCCUCUGAGAUACAGCUCCCUCAUGAACAGUGUCAUCUCUGCUCGGCUGGCACUCAGCUCCUGGCUGGGAGGCUUCCUGGCCAUCUCACUUCUGGCCUUUCUGACAUCCAGGCAGACAUUCUGUGGGCCAGACGUCAUCAACCAUUUCUUCUGUGAUAUAGAUGCCUGCCUUGCCCUCUCCUGUAGUGACAGGUGGCCCGUGGAGCUGGCGACUUUCCUUGUCUCCAUAAUGGUUGUGGUGGCCUCCUGUGUGGUCAUCCUGGUCUCCUACAUAUACAUUAUCUAUUUCAUCCUCAGGAUCCAGUCAGCCCACGGCAGGAAAAAGGCCUUUUCCACUUGCUCUGCCCAUCUCAGUGUCGUCACGAUCUGGUAUGGCUCUAUCAUCUACCUAUACGUCAAGCCAUCAGCCCAGAACAACAUGGAUGUGAAAAAAAUCGUGAAUACCCUUAACACAAUUGUAACUCCUUUGUUGAACCCCUUCAUUUACACAUUCAGAAACAAAGACGUGAAGCAAGCUCUGGGGAGGGCUUUCCAGAAGAAGUGAAGCAGGUUUUCAGAAGACCUCAGUGUGAGCUUACAGUGUGCCUGGGCAUCACAGGCAGUUAGAAGCCACAGUGAGCUCAUCUCACUCACCUUAAAGUCCUCUUAGUCUGGGCUGAGUCUUGACUCUACGAUUCUCCUUGAUUCUAUAAUUCUAAUGCUCCUCUCACAGUGCUCUAAGGACCAGCACUUGGGGAAGGUCACAAACCCCAUCAAGAAAUAGUUCUCUGCCAGAACAUUGGAGGAGGGGUCCUCCUCCUACAGGCUUGUAUUACAAUUUACU